AUGGCAGACAGAAGACCAGAGAAGUCAUGUGAACAAGCAUGUGAAUCACUCAGACAGCAGGAUUAUGAAGUGGCCGUGAAGCACUGCACGGAGGCUCUCUUUUCCCUCAGCCAGUAUCCUCCCACUUGCUUCCCGGAAGCAUGUCAGGCUGAAAUCAACCGCAUCAAAAUUGAAAGUCUUCUCUAUAGAAUUGCUUCCUCUUUGCAACUCAAAAACUAUGGAAAAGCUGAUGAAGACUGUAGGCAUGUAUUGGGAGAGGGACUGGCCAAGGAAGAUCACACUUUCCGUGCAGUGCUUUGCUGCAUGCAUCUUAAAGGGAAGCUACAGAUUGUAUCUAAUGCUCUUUCUAAAUCACUGACGGGCGAAUCACUGAAUGGAAUGGUAACUAAAGAUCUGACAAGGCUGAAAACACUUCUGGUUGAAACGGAGGCGGCAGCUGGUAAAGUACCCUCUGUAUAUCAUGUAGAAGAUUUGGAAGAAGGAUCUCAGGAUGGCUGGCAAUUUCGGCCCCCACCAAGGGGAGUUACAAGUAGUGAGGAGUACACAUUAUGCAAAAGAUUUUUAGAGCAAGGGAUCUGCCGGUAUGGUGCACAGUGUACCUCAGCACAUUCCCAGGAAGAGCUAACAGAAUGGCAGAAACGAUAUGCUUGCCGGUUGAUAAGAUUAAAACAGCAAAAGGAAAAUGAACAGUGUUUGGGAAGUUACAUGGAAUCCUUGAUUGAAAAAUGGAUGAAUUCGUUAUCUCCCGAGAAAGUGCUUAGUGAAUGCCUUGAUGGAGUAAGAGUUGAACAUAAUCCUGAACUGUCAGUUACUGUCACCACCAAAAAAUCACAACAGACAUGGACAUUUGCUCUCACGUGUAAGCCUGCAAGAAUGUUGUAUCGAGUGGCACUGCUCUAUGAUGCCCAUCGUCCUCAUUUCAGUAUCACGACAAUAUCUUCUGGAGAUAGCACCACCCAGGUAUCACAAGAUGUCCCAGACAACUGCCAGGAAUGGAUCGGACGAAAGAUGACCCAGAAUGGAAUAGAUCAUUCUGUGUACAAAAUCAGUAUAGCCUUUAGCACAGAAAUCUUUGGAACAUUUCGGCAAACUGUAGUAUUUGAUUUUGGGACUGAACCUGUUUUGAUGCAACGAGUGAUGAUUGAUGCUGCUUCAACAGAAGAUCUUGAAUACCUGAUGAAUGCACGGCAACAACUAUUAACUACAGCCAAGCGUUGGGAUUCCACUUCUAAAACUAUUGUAGAGUUUGAGCCAAAUGAGACUACUGAAUUGGAAAAGAGCCUUCUGAUCAGAUACCAAAUUCCUCUGUCUGCUGACCAGCUAUUUACACAGUCUGUCUUGGAUAAAUCACUGACCAAGAGUAACUAUCAGUCACGAUUGCACGACCUCCUUUAUAUUGAGGAAAUAGCGCAAUAUAAAGAAGUCAGCAAGUUCAAUAUUAAAGUGCAAUUGCAGAUUGUAGCAAGCUUCAUGCUCACCGGUGUUUCUGGAGGUGCAAAGUAUGCCCAAAAUGGACAACUUUUUGGACGCUUUAAACUCACUGAAACGCUUUCUGAAGAUACUUUGGCAGGACGACUGGUGAUGACCAAAGUCAAUGCUGUUUAUUUAUUGCCAGUCACUAAAGAGAAAUCAGUACUGACCCAAGGAACCAAAGAGAAGGUGUAUGAAGCAGCAAUAGAGGAAAAAACAAAGGAGUAUAUCUUUUUGAGAAUAUCCAGGGAAUGCUGCGAAGAACUUAAUCUUCAAUCAGAUUGUGAAAUGCAGGUCGAACUUCAAUUUCAGUUAAACCGCUUACCACUCUGUGAAAUGCAUUACGCUUUGGACAGGAUCAAGGACAACAGUAUUCUCUUUCCAGAUGUCAGCAUGAUUCCCACAAUACCUUGGAGUCCCACCAGACAGUGGGAUGAGCAGUUGGAUCCUAGGCUCAAUGCAAAGCAGAAGGAGGCUGUUCUGGCAAUCACAACUCCACUCUCAAUACAGUUGCCUCCUGUUCUUAUCAUCGGUCCCUAUGGGACAGGCAAAACCUUCACUUUGGCUCAGGCAGUCAAGCAUAUACUUCAACAGCAGGACACUAGCAGGAUUCUCAUUUGCACCCAUUCUAAUAGUGCUGCUGAUCUCUACAUAAAGGAUUAUUUACAUCCAUAUGUAGAAGCAGGCAAUCCCCAGGCGAGACCUCUCAGGGUGUAUUUCAGAAAUCGCUGGGUAAAGACUGUCCACCCAGUUGUGCAUCAAUACUGUUUGAUUUCAAGCACACAUUCCACCUUUCAGAUGCCCCAGAAGGAAGACAUUCUUAAGCAACGAGUAGUAGUUGUUACAUUGAAUACUUCACAAUAUCUAUGUCAACUGGAUCUUGAACCUGGGUUUUUUACACAUAUUCUGUUAGAUGAAGCUGCACAGGCCAUGGAGUGCGAGACUAUCAUGCCUCUAGCAUUAGCAAACAAAAAUACAAGAAUUGUCUUGGCUGGAGAUCAUAUGCAACUCAGUCCUUUUGUCUACAGUGAAUUUGCAAGAGAGAGAAAUCUUCAUGUGUCACUACUUGAUCGUCUCUAUGAACACUAUCCUGCAGAAUUUCCAUGCAGGAUCUUGCUGUGUGAAAACUAUCGCUCCCAUGAAGCUAUCAUCAAUUAUACAUCUGAACUUUUCUAUGAGGGCAAAUUGAUGGCAAGUGGGAAACAGCCAGCACACAAAGAUUUCUACCCUCUGACUUUCUUCACAGCACGAGGAGAAGAUGUGCAAGAAAAAAACAGCACAGCUUUUUACAACAAUGCAGAG